AUGUGGAUAUUGUCAUUUUUGGUGUCGUCAGCCCUUUGUUACAACGCUGCUGACUAUAAUAUUCGUGGAACUAUCACGCCCGGAUGGGAUUUUAUCUUGGAUCCGUUCAAAGAUAAUUUCAUACACGAUCGAGAUUUGGGUGCAUCAGUAGCGGUCUAUUAUCAAGGUAAACUGGCUUUUGAAUUAUCGGGUGGUUGGUUUGAUCAAUCGAAAACGAAGCCUUAUGAUGAUAAUACACUGCAGUUAGUCUUUUCAACAACAAAAGGACUCGUAGCUGCUGCAGUUGCACUAGCUGCUCAGCGUGGUCUCAUUGAUUAUUCAGCAUUAGUCACUCGCUAUUGGCCAGAGUAUGGACUAAAUGGUAAAGAAAAUACAACGGUGGCAGAUAUUCUCUCACAUCGUGCUGGAUUACCAGACAUUUCAUCACCACUAGAGCAAUAUCUAAAUUGGACAGCAAUGAUCAAAGAAUUGGAGCAAAAAGCACCAGUAUGGCCACCAGGAUCAGCACAUGGUUAUCAUGCAUUAACUUACGGUUGGCUUGCAGGAGAACUUGUGAGACGUGUUGAUCCGAAGAAAAGAUCGUUGGGACAAUUUAUUCAAGAAGAAAUUUCAAAUCUGAUAUUGUUAGAAUUCUAUAUUGGUCUACCAACUGAACAUGAAUAUCGAGUAUCACCAGUGGAAUUGAGUCAAAGUUCAAGAGAAUCUCUGAACGAAUCGAAUAUCGCCCUUUUGAGCAUGUUUAAUCAACCUCGUGCACAUCAAGCAGAAAUACCAGCUGGCAAUGGUAUUACCAAUGCUCGAUCAUUAGCAAGAUUCUAUUCAUCAUUGAUAGGUGAUUUAGAUGAUGGCAAAUAUAAGCGAAUUUUGAAUGAAAAUAUUUUGAAAUUAGUAACGAGAUCGAACACACCCAAAAAUGAGAUCGAUGUUGUAUUUCAAACACCUACAACAUUUGGUAUGGGCUUUACACUUUUCGAUGAUAUUUUCCCAGAAUUCGGACCAGGAACUUUUGGUCAUACAGGAGCUGGUGGUAGUAUUGGUUUUGCUGUACCAUCGAAAAAUCUUUCCUUUGCCUUUGUUAUGAAUCGACUUGAUACAACUACAAUUUAUGUAGAUGUUCGCAUAAGAACCAUGUUGACUAAAAUCGCAGAAUUGAUUAGUAAAUAA